UAAAGAGUCGUUCUAAUCGUUCAUUUUGCUCCGAGACAUUAUGUUGAAAAGUAGAUUUAAACUUUACAGACUUCGACAUAUAAUAACUUCCCGAGGCGCUCAGAUAUUUUUGAGAAAGAAGAAAUUUUCAACUAUAUUACCUAAGGACAGUAUUCGACUGUACCUAUUUUCGAAUAGGAAAUUCGUCAUAAACUGUGUUGAACAAACAGAAGUAUGGGAGUCAGUUCUUGCUAGGGCAGGCGUUUAGUUUUUCAAAUGCGAGCAAGGUGUAAAUUAGAGAUAUCGGACAUCCUUUUGUGAUAAGCAGAAAAAUAUCGACUACUUAUCAGAUAAUUGUUGCUUCGGUAGGCCAAACAUCGUAAUAUUUGUGAAUUGUGACCUAGAGGGACCAAUAUCUCUAGCCUAAUCAAGAACCCAAUUGAUUCCGAUGCGAAAAUUGACACAUAGAAAUGACCAAGCUUUCCAUAUUUGUGAGAUAUUUGUUGAAAAGCCGAGAUGGGUGUCUAGGAAAGCAUUAUAAUACAGAUUGUAGUUGAAAGAUGUCUAACUUGCCGUCCUUGCGUUAUAAAAGACACAAAUAUUCAAAACCCUUUGUCAAUAGAAUGAUUAUGAUCACCCCAUCACAUUACAACGAAAUUUCCAUAAAGUUUGCUGUAGAAUGUUGCAAAAUAAUGAAAAUAGUUUCAAACAAGGCAUCUUUGUAGUAUUCAAGUCAUUUUGACAAAAGUGACAUAUGCAAAGAAAUAAAUGUAGUAGCACAAGU